AAAGUCUAACUUUUAAAACCUGUUCUUUGUUCAGCUUGCUUUUGCUUUCGCAGUCCAGAGUUAGGUUAAUGUUAAAUUUGAGGAACGAUGGAACCACGAGAGGAUUUGGAGCCUUUUCCUUUGAGUGUGAAGGAGCUACAAGAGAUCGAAAAUAUCGAAGAACCUGUUUUGCAGAGACUGGACAGAGCAAUUUCGCGUAUUGAGAGGAUGAACAAUGAUGUCAGGCCGCUGGUGGACGUGUUGCACAGAGCUCUAAACACGGUCGUCAACGUGACUGAAAUCCUCUACAAGCAAGGCGUUUUUGGAGUGAACAAGGGCCUCGAAAUGCUGCUCAACUUUUUGAUGGACGGAAGGGUCUUGCUCGAAUUUGGAGCAGUCGUGAGCCAAUUCCUGAGAGCUAUUAUCAUUUUCCUGGAGUGCGUGAAGUUGGCAAUUAAUCUUUACCAAAAUUUCAAGGAAAGUGAUUUGGGCAAAGCUAUUACAAAAUUUGUAACUGAAAAAGUUUUCACUCUUGUGCCUCGCUACGCCUUAACCGCAUGAUAUUAUUAGAUUUAAAUUGAUAUUUUAAUAUGUAUUGUAUAAUUUUCUAUUUUUAUUAGAGUUACAUGAAUGGUUGCUUGGCGACCCAACCAACAUUUUGCACUCUUGAACUCUGAUAUUGGGGAAGUACCCUUUUGUGGGGUGUGGCUGUGGCCCCAUUUAAUAUAAUCGCUGCAGAGGCAAUAUAUGAUUUUCAUUUUUAGCUGGUUUAGUUCUCGUAAUUCUCAAUUGUAUUAAUAUUUGUCAAUCAGUUUAUUGUAAUUUAUGUUAUCUCCUUAAUUUCAUAAAUCAUUAUUUUGUUAAAAAAUCAAGAAACAGAGGUUUAUAAGAAUUCUUACUAAGCAGAAAUUAUAAAUUGUUCAAUGUUUUUAUAGUUGGUGACAUUUCAAUGAAGGAAAAAAAUGUAAUUGACACUGCACAAAAUUAGGACAAUAAUUGUCAUCUUAUUUUAAAGGCAGAUGCUCUACUUCAUUUACAACUUUAUCAUAAAAUUUAUUUUUGUUGGUAUGAGGGAGUAAAAUGAAAUUAAAUAGGUUAAAAUAAUAA